AACCCUACUUCUCAUGAAGAAAAAUGGCAUCUCUUUCUCUUCUCCCUCCUUUCUCACUCUCUCACACACACAGAGUACAUAAAGCUGAUAAGGUAUAUAAGCUGUCCAUUUGAGCAAUAAAUGCAUCUUCUUCAAACUGAAAUUGCAUGCGUGAGCCUAUAAAUACAGUCCCUUCGGAUGUAAUUUCUUUCUCUCUCUCUAGAAGACAUGAUUGCUGGAUCACCGUCGCAGAUGGCGUUCAAACUGGUGGCGUAAGUGGUGGUUGGUAAUGACUACCACCGGAAUGGCGUUCUACUCCACCAAUUUCAUGCUGCAAACUCCUCCUGAAUUAGAUAAUGACCACCAACCCUCCACCUCUCUCGCUCCAAUUCCUCCCUCUUGCCCUCCUCAACACUUCCAUGGUAUGACUCCAUUUCUAGGCAAGAGAUCAUCCAUGUCGUUUUCCGGGGUCGAUGUUUGCGAAGAAAAUCAUGGUGGAGAGGAUGAUUUAUCGGAUGACGGAUCACAAAUGGGAGAGAAGAAGAGGAGACUUAACAUGGAGCAAGUGAAGACACUUGAGAAGAACUUUGAGUUGGGGAACAAGCUUCAGCCCGAGAGAAAAAUGCAGUUGGCUCGAGCUCUAGGCCUACAACCAAGACAAAUUGCAAUUUGGUUCCAAAACAGAAGGGCAAGAUGGAAAACUAAGCAAUUGGAGAAAGAUUAUGAAAUUCUUAAGAGACAGUUUGAAGCCGUGAAAGCAGAAAAUGAUGCUCUACAAGCUGAAAACCAGAAACUCCAGUCAGAGAUUUUGGCACUAAAGAUAAAUAAGGAGCCAAUGGAGUCAAUUAAUCUAAACAAAGAAACAGAAGGAUCUUGCAGCAACAAAAGUGAAAAUAGUUCUGAUAUAAGGCUAGACAUUUCAAGAACUCCAGCAAUUGAUAGCCCUUUAAUCACAAAUCCAACUAGCAGAACCCUCUUCCCAUCUUCAUUGAGGCCUGCAGGAAUGACCCAGUUCUUCCAGAGUUCACCGAGACCGGCCGAGAUUUCGUGCCAUAAAAUGGACCAAACUGUUAAAGAUGAAGGCUUAUGCAAUAUGUUUUGCGGCAUGGAGGAUCAGACAGGAAUUUGGCCAUGGUUAGAGCAACAGCAUUUCAAUUAAUGGGCUAAUCAGUCUAUUAAUUGACCUUAAAAUUGGUGGUUAUUUCAAUUUCUCUGCCUGUUUGGUACAAAGAGUUUGAUUAAUCCAAUAUAUGGAUUAUCAGUUAAUACCAUGUUUUAAUUUUAUGAGUUAAGUUAAUUCUUGUUUUGAUACUUAGGCUGGUAUACAAAGUAGCAAUUUGAUUGAGGAAUAAAGAAUUAUGCAUGGAUAAGUCAA